AUGGAUGCGGAACAGUUCUGUAAAAAUGGACAAAAGAUGGUGGAGUAUAUUAGCACCUACCUAGAACAGAUCAGAGACCGCCAAGUCGUCCAUAAUGUUACCCCUGGUUACAUGAGGUCACUCUUGCCCAACGAGGCCCCAAAAGACCCCGAGGACUUCGCUGAAGUCUUCAAGGAUAUCGACAAAGUUAUUAUGCCAGGGGUUACCCAUUGGCACAGUCCUCGUUUCCAUGGUUACUUCGCUGCUGGGAACUCCUAUCCUUCUAUUCUCGGAGACAUGCUGUCUGAUGCUAUAGGUUGUAUCGGGUUUUCUUGGGCUACGAGUCCAGCCUGUACUGAGUUAGAGGUAAUCACCACAGACUGGUUGGGGAAGAUGCUAGCACUGCCGGAGGAGUUUCUACACCGUUCACCAGGUCGAGGAGGGGGAGUGAUUCAGUCGACAGCUAGCGAGACAGUCCUCCUGUGUCUGCUGGCUGCCAGGACAAAGAUGGUUGAAAAAUAUGAGAAGGUUUACACAAACCUGGACGAGAUGGAAGUAAUGGCGAAGCUAGUUGGUUACACAUCCGACCAGUCCAAUUCGUCAGUAGGGCGAUCCGGCCUUCUGGGUGCCGUUCGCAUGCGCAAGUUGGAAACAGACGAAAAGUUCAGUCUUCGCGGGGAAACGCUGAGGGAGGCCAUAGCCGAGGAUAAAGCUAAAGGUCUUAUUCCGUUCUUUCUGUGCGCCACAUUGGGAACAACAGGAACAUGUGCCUUCGACAACCUAGAAGAACUUGGCCCAAUAUGCAAAGAAGAAGAUAUGUGGCUUCACAUAGAUGCAGCAUAUGCUGGGAGUGCUUUCGUAUGUCCAGAAUUUCGCCAUUUUAUGAAGGGUGUUGAGUAUGCUGAUACCUUUAGUAUAAAUCCCCAUAAAUGGAUGCUGGUUAAUUUUGACUUGUCUGUAAUGUGGAUUAAGGAUAGGUCAUUGUUAGUGGAUGCCUUCAACGUAGAUCCUAUCUAUCUCAGACACGAGAAUGCUGGCAAGGGUGCGCCGGAUUAUAGGCAUUGGCAAAUCCCGCUGGGACGUCGGUUUCGUUCCCUUAAGUUAUGGUUCAUGCUGAGGUCAUACGGAGUGACCGGUGUCCAAGCAUACAUCCGUAAGCAUGUCAGUCUGGCUAAGCAGUUUGAGAAGAUGGUUCUGAAUGACAGCAGGUUCGAGGUGAUAGCAGACGUUGUAAUGGGACUUGUCUGUUUUAGAUUAAAGGGAAACAACAAUAAAACAGAAAGGCUACUAGAGGAGAUUUUACAAGACGGACGUAUCUACCUUAUUCCGGCCAUUGUUCACGAGAUUUACACUCUCAGACUGGCUAUCUGUGCCGAGCGCACCAACUCUGACGACAUCGCAUUUUCCUUCUCCGUCAUCAAAUCAUGUGCAGAUCGCGUGAUGAAACGAUUCCCGCCAUCGGAAGACAUCAGAAAUGCCGUGAACGGACAAAUCGAUAACAUUGCUUAA